UGCUAUCCAUUGCAACAACAUCAUGAAUGAGUUUUGGCAUUAGGUGCUGAGAAUAGUAUUUAUAUUGCUAAUUGUUUAAAAACUUAUGACAAAAAUUUACAAAAAGAACAGUUUAUCUCUUAAAAGUUCAAUUAAGUAUAAAUAAAGUAAACCAUGUCUUCGUUUAAUUUAAAUGAUCUUGGGGCGCAAUUGAAAGAUGUUACUCAAAAUUCUACCGGCAUCGGUGUAUCUUUCGCAAAGAAAUCACUUAAACUUGAUUCUAAGGAAGAUGCGAUGGAGGUGAUCGAAGCCAUACAAGCAUGUUCAAAUUUAGAAUAUUUGGAUUUAGAAGGAAAUACUUUAGGACCAUUAGCUGCCAUGGCUGUGGCAGAAGCAUUGAAAGAAAAAGGUUCUCCAUUGAAGCGCGCUCUUUGGAAAGAUAUGUUCACUGGCCGUUUAAGAGCAGAGAUACCAAAAGCAUUAGAAUACCUUGGCACUGCUUUAUGUACUGCUGGCACCCAGCUUACUGAACUUGAUUUAAGCGAUAAUGCUUUUGGUCCAGUUGGUGCUGAAGGGAUAGCUACUUUUUUAAGUUCUAGUUCAUGUUAUACUCUCCGUAUAUUAAAAUUACACAACACUGGUCUUGGAACAACAGGUGGCAAAAUAUUAGCAAAAGCAUUAUUAGAUUGUUACGAUAACAGCUCUAAAGCUGGAACACCUCCUUUAGCAUUAAAAGUAUUUGUUGCUGGAAGAAACAGACUUGAAGAUGAAGGUGCAAAAGCAUUAGCAUCUGUUUUUCAAAAAUUAACUAGUUUAGAAGAGGUUGUAAUGCCACAGAAUGGUAUAUAUCAUCAUGGCAUAACAGCCAUUGCUAAUGGAUUAUCGACUAAUUCUGGUCUAAAAAUUUUAAAUCUUAAUGACAAUACAGUUGGAUUUAAAGGAGCUCAAGCUCUUGCCAAAGUUUUACCGAAUUUUCAAAAUUUAGAACAGCUUAAUCUUGGUGAUUGUUUGCUCAAAACACGUGGCAGUUUAAUUUUAGCAGAGGCAUUAGCAGUUAAGGGUAACUAUCCUUCUCUUGCUGAAGUGAAUUUGAGUUACAAUGAAAUUCGUACGAAAGGUGCUAAUUCGAUAGCUCAUGCUAUGGCUGAUAAAAAGCAUCUAAUAGCUCUACAAUUAGAUGGAAAUGCAUUUGGAAAAGAGGGUCGUACCUUGUUGCGUAACUCGCUUACAGUUUCGAAAAGAAUCGAAUCGUUGGGUUCAUUAAGUAAUGAUGAGAGUGAUAGCGAAGAGGAAAAUGAUGAAGAAAAUGUAGAUGAUGAAGAAGAGAAUGAAGAUGAAGAAGAAGAAGAUGAUGAUGAGGAUGAUGACGACGAUGAUGACGACGAUGAUGAUGAAAGUGAAAUUGAAAGUAAGGAAAAUGAAGAUACAGUAACGAACGGCAAUGAAACGUCAAACAAUGUUGCACGAGUAAAAGUAUCUAUCACAGAGUUUUUAAAAUCACCGACAGGAGAAAGGCUAUUACUGUUACAAGAUAAUGUUGUACAAGGUUUUAUAGAUCAUGCCAAAAAUUCAUCAAAAAAUGUUGAUACAUCUCCACAGUUAAGGUUCAUUGAAGAAUAUACAAGAAUAGUCAUGAAAGUAUCAGCACUGUGUACAAGUGGUUAUAUUGAUGUGAGAUUAAGAGCUCAAAAUCUUACAGACAUUUUAUAUUCGAAGUUGUGUUCUUUUGCAACGGAAAAUGAUCAGAUUUCAGUGUGGAAUAAUGCUUUGCUAGUUAACUUAGGUUUAAUAAAGGCUGAAGAUAAAUGCAAUGGAAAGAUUGAUUGGAACUUAGAAGGAUGCUUUAAAGCAUUGGAACAAGUCACUCAGAAAGAUUACUUUUUAGAAGAGAUACGAACCACCUUAAAAAUCUUCCUAGAAAAAUCAACGAAAAGUAGAAAAGCAAAAGUUGCAGAUUCGUUACAAGAGUCAAAAGAUUCUCUCAAAGCUGUAUUGAAUCAUACGCAAAAUGCGGGAUCCCAACCAGGAUGAAACAAGUCCACUGCUAAUGGGGUACAGUGCGAGGAUGGUUGAUCUUUCAUAUACAUUGUUGCCUAAAACGACACAAAUGUAUACGUUAACAAAUAUAAAUAAAUAUUAAACUUCUCUUAAACACAUAUACAUACGAGAAA